CAAAGGACAAUGAACCUCACGCUGGGCCUGGGCCUGUUUCUGGCAGGUCUAGUCACUGGGGAAGCUCUCGUGCGGGCUGGAGCCUCUCCAAACAGGCAUGGGACUCAGAGCAAGGUCCAAGAGUGGAGGGGCAAGAGGGACGCCCGGAAGCUGGCUCUGCACAACAUGCAGUUUGCCUUCAAGCUGCUCCAGAAGUUGGCCGCCAAAAGCCCUGUGCAGAACAUCUUCUUUUCCCCACUGAGCAUCUCCACGGCCUUCUCCAUGCUGUCUCUGGGGGCCCAGAACUCCACGCUGGCAGAAAUCAAGAAGGGCUUCAACUUCCAGGAGAUGUCAGAUGAGGACAUACACUUGGGUUUCCAUUACCUCCUCCACAAGCUCAACCGUGAGACAAAGGAUGUGAAGAUGAACCUGGGUAAUGCCUUGUUCAUCGACCAGAAGCUACAGCCCCAGGAGAGGUUCCUGAGACUGGCCAAGAAUGUGUAUAAUGCUGACAUGGUUCCCACCCGCUUCCAGAACUUGGAAAACAGUCAGAGGCAGAUCAACAACUAUAUCAGUCAGAAAACCCAUGGGAGGAUCACCAACCUGAUCAGGAAUAUAGACCCGGGCACUGUGAUGAUUCUUGCAAACUAUGCUUACUUUCGAGCCAGGUGGCAGUAUGAAUUUGAUCCCAAUGAAACAAAAGAGGAAGAUUUCUUCGUGGAAAAAGGCAAGACCGUGAAGGUGCCCAUGAUGUUCCACAGAGGCAUGUACGACAUGGCCUAUGACAGCCAGCUCUCCUGCACCAUCCUGGAAAUGCCCUACCUUGGAAACAUCACAGCCACCUUUGUCCUUCCUGACAACGGCAAACUGCAGCUUCUAGAGCAGGGAUUGCAGGCCGACAUCUUCGCCAAAUGGAAAAGCUUCCUGUCGAAAAGAGUGGUAGAUGUGUGGAUGCCCAGGAUCCACAUCUCUGCUACCUACAACCUGAAAAAGGUUCUCUCCCGCUUGGGCAUCAGCAAAGUGUUUGAAGAGCAGGGAGACCUCACGAGGAUCUCAUCUCAUCGAAGCCUCAAAGUCAGUGAGGCUGUGCACAAGGCUGAACUGAAGAUGGACGAGAAGGGUACAGAGGGGGCUGCAGGCUCCGGAGCCCAGACGCUGCCCAUGGAAACCCCGCAGAGGUUCAAGCUGAACAAGCCUUUCCUAUUGAUGAUUUAUGAGAAUUUCAUGCCUUCUAUGAUCUUCCUGGCAAGGAUUUUUGACCCUAGUGGGAAAUAA